AUGAAAGAUAAUAAGAUUGAAUUUGGCACAUUUUUACAGGAUCCUCAUUCGAAAGAGUCACAAAAGAAGCUGAAGAAGCAUAUAAAGGAAAGGUUUUCACAUCAUAGAAGCGGGAGUCAAGGUAGGGAUCCGCUGUUAGGAGUUGAUGAUGAGCCAAUCAGCUCAUAUGUUCCUCAAACAAUGACAUUCCAACACCGCUCAGAUAAAUCUAUGAAAAAUCCUCAAUUUUAUGCACCAAUGCAGUAUCAGAAUAGAAGUGCUGAGGGUGAAAAAUUAGAUUUUACUGCUAAAAAGGAUCCUGAUAAUAAGGCGCACAGUGCAAGAGAAGAUAAAAAUAUUUCUCAAAAUCUUGGUCCUUACACAAUGAUGAAAGAGGACUAUAAAAUUACAACAAAGCUAGGAGUUCCUCACAAAUAAGCUUGAAACAGUAGAAACUAAUGAGCAUGAAGAGAGUGAAAAGGAAAAAGAAACUGAAGAUCAAAAAUAUACUGAAUUAGAUAUCAACGAAGGUAGCGAAGAUGAACAAAACGAUAGUGAAGAAUACCCUUCUUAUUACAAAAAUAGGCCUCGUCAUUCCCAUGCUCACAGCUUAAUAGACCCUAAUUUAAAACAUAGUCACAUCUCUAAUCUCGGCAGUGGACUCCGUAUCAACAAAAACCAUACAUCCCAAUACGCCAACCUCGAAAUCCCCCAAAACGCAUCAGCCUCCACAAAAUGGAAGAAAAAAUUCCAAAAGUUAAAAUAAACAGUAUAAGCUAAAAUGAAUGGAAUUUGAAGAAUCCCUCGCUUAUUUAGAUAUUGAGGGCGAACAGAAUAAGAUAUUGGAGAAUAAAACAGUAGAGUUACAGCAGAGAGUGGAGAAUGAGAUAAGGAUGAUUAAGGAGGAGUGAGAGGAUAUUAUAAUGGAGAGAGAGGGGUUGCAUAAGGAGGAGAUUGAGUUGGUGCAGAUGGAGGUGGCAGAGAAGGAUGUGGAGAUUGAGAGGUUGCAGGGGGCUUACGAAAAUCUCGAAGAAGAAAUGCAGCAAUUCAUAAAAUAACUUCAACCGUGAUCUCUCUAACAAAGAAGAAGAAUUCGAGUCUUACACUAAAGAUAUCGCUCGCAAGAGCGAUAUCGUCCUCCAAAACAAACUCGACAAAAUAGUCGAACUAGAACGGAAGAUCAACAAAAUGAGGCUUGAGCAUCAAGACGAGAUCAGUAUGCUGAAAGAACAAGUUGAGAAGACUCAGAGUAAAUACCGAGAUAUGCUCAAAGAGAAAGAACGAGAACUCAAUAAGACUGGCGCUAGCGUAGAAGGCUUCAAACACAAGAAGGAUCUAGAGAUGAGAGUCUCACUGCUAGAGAAAGAGGUUGAUAAGAAGACUAGAGAAUGCAGCAGACUCAAGGAAGAGAUAGAAGGAUUUAAUGAGAUAAUAAGAGGAAAGGAGUAUUAUUUUAAAUGUGCGAAGGAUAAUCAGGAGUAUAUUACAAACAAAACUAAAGAUGAAGUUCAAAGCUUGAGAAAAUUAUUGAUAGAGGAGCAAAGUAAGAAUAAAGAUUAUAAAGCAACUUUGCAGCAGAAAGAGUUCUUUGAGGAGCAAUAUGAAUUACUUAAGAAUGAAUUAAUGAAAGAGAAAUCUAAUGAUUCAGAGCUUAGGUUAGGCUCUAAGGUUCGAGAACUACAGCGUCAAGUGACUGAUAUGCAGCUACUGUUAGAUUCCAAAGACUCAAAUAUAAGCCAGUUGGAAUCUCGCCUAAAGAAGUAUGAUACUGAGUUUGCAUCAGGUACUCUCAUAUCUAAAGACCCUCGAUACAGGGGCUCAGUGCAAGAUAGUAUGGUUGCCAGUACUACCUUUGACAGGCAAGCUUCAAGGUGAACUUCUAAAGCUGAGCUUGAUUGGCUGAAGAAGGAUAGAGAGGUCUAUGAGAUCAAGGUCAAGCUGAAGGACCAGGAGAUGCAUAUACAGAGACUGGAAGGUCAGCUUGCCAAGCACCUGGAAAUUAUGAAGAAGAGUAAUAUGAGGUAUGUUUAUUCUUAGU